GUUACCGACCCAUCACUUUCCAAACCAUCAUUAUGAUCAUCAUCGACAAUGAGGCGACAUGGAGGACCGCAUCCUGGUUAUUUAAUCGUCUCCCCGAACAUGCUCACAAUGUUGUUUUCCAAUCGCAUUCUUUCCUAUCAGCCCAGACCUCCUUCUCCCUUUAUUUCCUAUCAUGACGGCGCAGACCCUGUCUGAACCUGAUGCUACCUAUGCUCCGACUUCCAGGUCCGACCUAGAGAAGGAGAUCGCCCAUGUGGAAGCUGAAGGCGUCGACUCGCUGUCCAGUGAUCUCGAGACAGUCGGGUCCUCCCAGGAUGGGGAUGACCGCUUCGUACACUGGGAGGGGCCCAGCGACCCGCUGAACCCUCUGAACUGGGGCAGCGCUCGCAAAUGGGUGACCAUCGCCCUGAUCUCGUUGAGUAGCUUCAACGUGUCAAUGGUGUCGACGAUCUUCGCACCCGGCGUGCCGCAGGUGCUGGCAGAAUUCCACAACGACAACCCGUCUAUGGAGUCCCUGGUUGUUUGCAUCUAUGUGAUGGGCGCUGCCAUCGGCCCGCUAGUACUCACCCCGAUAACUGAGGUGAGCGGACGGCUGCCUGUGACGCACGCUGCCAACAUGCUCUUCGUGGCCGCCGCUUCUGUCUGCGCAGCUAGCAUCAACCUGCCCAUGCUGAUCCUCUCCCGUCUGGUUAUGGGCUUGGCCAGCUCGGUGCCUGUCACGGUCGGCGGAGGAUUCGUCGCGGACAUGAUGCCUAUGCAGGAACGAGGCACGGCGAUGACGGUUUGGACAGUUGGGCCAUUGAUGGGCUUUGUGUCAGGUCCCAUUUUCGGUGGAUUCAUGGUCGAGAGCAUCGGCUGGAGGUGGACAGUCUGGCUGGAAGCCAUCCUGGGCGGGGCCAUUGCGAUUGUAUCUAUCAUAUUUCUGCGGGAGACCUACGCCCCUGUCAUCCUGCAGCGUCGCGCCAUGGAACUGGAGAAAGCCACCGGCCUUCGGUACAAGACCAAAUACGACACGGACAAGUCCUUCGGACACAUGAUGAUCCAGUCUCUAAAACGACCGAUGUUGUUCCUGGUGCUGUCGCCGAAUGUGCUGAUCGUAUCGCUGUACAGCGCCGUGACAUACAGCUACAUGUACGUGCUGUUCACGACUUUCACAAGCAUCUUCGAAAAGGUGUACAACUUCACCCCGGGCCAAGCCGGCCUCGGCUACCUAGGCCUCGGCCUAGGUUUCAUUGUCGGCCAAGUGACCGUUGGCCUAUACUCCGACAGCCACCUCAAACGACAAGAGCAGCGCUACGGCAAGAUGAAACCCGAGCACCGACUCCCCCCACUAGUCCUAGGCUGCGCUCUCGUUCCCAUCGGACUCUUCUGGUACGGCUGGACAGCCGAGUACCACCUCCACUGGAUGGUGCCCAUCACAGGGACCUUCUUUCUCGGCGCCGGCCUCUACUACGUGCACCUAUCCACGCAGGUCUACCUGGUCGAUGCGUACCCGCUAUACGCCGCCAGCGCCGUGUCAGCGGAGCUGUCGCUGCGGUCUGUAUUCGGCGCCAUUGUCCCGCUGGCGGGACCGCCGCUGUAUGCCAAGCUGGGGCUGGGCUGGGGGAAUAGUCUGCUGGGGUUUAUUGCGGUGGCGUUCGCGCCGUCGUCGUACUUUCUGCUGCGGUAUGGGGAGCGGCUCCGGGUGAAUCCGCGCUUCCAGCCGCGGUUUAUUCAAUGA